AUGAAGCUUCAAGUAAACCUGAACGUGAUGCGUCGUUGUUCGCUUCUAUUUGGGUUCUUGUUCUGCAUCAACCACCUAUCUUGGUUGGACGCCGUCGGUGUCCAAAAUUGGUCAUCCACAUUUAACAACAUUCCGUGGAAGAACUGGGUUGUCCUCGUUGCUGGUACCAAUGCCUGGGAAAAUUAUCGACAUCAAGCUGACGUUUUCCAUGCGUAUCAAAUCGUGCGUAAAAACAAAGUUCCAGCGGAGAAUAUAAUUACCUUCGCCUACGACGACAUUGCAAACAAUCCCAAAAAUCCGUUUAAAGGCAAAGUGUUCCAUGACUACCUGCACGAGGAUGUCUACCAGGGUGUGGAAAUUGACUAUCGUGGAAAAGAUGUCACACGGGAUAACUUCGCGAAAGUAUUAAAAGGCGAUCAGAAACUUGCAGCCAAUAAGAAGAAGGUGCUGGAAAGCGGUCCUGAUGACAACGUGUUCAUCUUCUUCUCUGGCCACGCUGGAUGCCGUGGAGUUGAACGGGCUCCUCGCCCACAUGCAUUCGAAAAAAAAGUACAACAAAUUGGUGCUCUGGAUGCCGUGGAGUUGAACGGGCUCCUCGCCCACAUGCAUUCGAAAAAAAAGUACAACAAAUUGGUGCUGUACGUGGAGGCUUGCCAAUCUGGUUCUCUGUUUCGAAAUAUUCUUCCGAAAAAUGUGGGAAUCUACGUGACAACAUCAGCCAAUGAAGACGGACAAUCCUGGUCUGUUUUUUGUAGUGACAAGUACAUCGAUGUUUGUCUAGCGAGCGAAUACGCGUACGCCUGGAUCGGAGAUUCGGAAUACCAUGACUUGAAAACGCAUACACUGGAUCAACAGUACGAGGAAGUGAAAAAAAGAACAGCAUAUAGUCACGUGAUGAGGUACGGUGAGAUGGCGAUGAAAAGUCUCCCAGUUGGAAAAUUCCAAGGUCAUUAUGACUUACCCAUGUACCGGAAUGACAGCACAAUACAACCAAACGCUGUAGAUAGAAAACCCUCUUUGCAGGCGCAUUUGUUUUCGAAGUCUCGACGCUUGAUGGAGGCUGCAACCCAUGAACAACAUGAAACCGCUCGGCGGAAGCUGCACCGUGCAAGUCAGCUUGGCCACAUCGUCAAGGAAACGAUUCGCGACAUCGUCAGGGACGUGAAGACCCAACCUAAGCCAACUCUGAAAGACAUGUCCAAAACUGAUGAGCUCAUGUGUUUUAAGGCAGUAUUCGAUCAAUUCCGGACGCACUGCUUCACAAUUCAGCAGGUUCCUGAGGUGGCACAGCACACACGUCAUUUAAUGGAGUUGUGCAAAGCCGGAUACAAAGCCGACAUCCUCAUUGAGUCUGUCCACAACGUCUGUUCCUAACGGACACACACCGUGUUGUUAUUUCGCCAAAAUAAAAUGAAUUGCUG